AUGAGUUCUACAGUUAGAAUCAGGGCCCAUCUACCUCCUUUAAUAUGCCUCAGUGGCAGGGCUUUUUACGAACUCAUUGGAAGAUCGUGUGUCAGCGUUAGCGAAAUCAAAGCUUUGUAUGAAUUGUUUAAAAAGAUCAGUAGUGCUGUAAUCGACGACGGCCUGAUUAACAAGGAAGAGUUCCAGCUUGCACUAUUUAAAACAAAUAAAAAGGAGAGCCUAUUUGCUGACAGGGUAUUCGACUUGUUUGAUACAAAGCACAAUGGAAUAUUAGAUUUUGAAGAGUUUGCACUUGCUCUAUCAGUUUUCCAUCUGAAUGCUCCUAUUGAUGACGAGAUUGAAUGGUUUGUUUUGGUGCAACCAUCAAUUUUUGUUGGAGGUUUCUAG